CGGAAGAUAGACGGAGGAACCGCGCGUCCGGCAAGGCUGUGCCUUUCUGCACCUAGAAACUACCAAUAACCUUGGAAGGUGCCGUGGAGGGCCGCAGCACGUGACUCUGUUCACGCCCGCCAAGCCCGCCAGCAUCGGCGCUGGAACUCCAUUCACCGACCGCCGCCGUCACAGCAGAGCAUCUGCAACGAGUCUGUGAACCCACCGAUAGCUUGCGCUCGACUAACGUAGCCCGAACGAAACCCUUACAAGAACCCCCCGCACAUUCCCCACAAUGUCCGCCUCCGCCCAAGGCAGCAACGACACGAAGAAAGCCGUCGUCGACGAGAAGGCCAAGAACGGCGAGACGGAGAAGGACAAGAAGCCCGCGGCCCAACUGGAGGAAGACGACGAGUUUGAGGAUUUCCCUGUCGAGGACUGGACAGAAGAGGACACUCAGAUCCCCGGAAGCACAACACAUCUUUGGGAGGAGAGCUGGGACGACGAUGACACGAACGACGAUUUUUCGGAGCAGUUAAAGGAGGAGCUCAAGAAGCUUGGUCAGAAAUGAGCGCGCCUAGACUUCGAUAACCCGCGCACCGGUCGGCGUUUCUGGCAUAGAGGUUUUGAUAUGGCGU